AUGGCAUCGGUUGGGGAACAUCUGAGGAGAGAUCCGUUCGCGAGCGACCACAGACCCUACAACCCUAAUACCGUCCCCAAGACAAUACCCAUACUACCUUCAGCUUCGGUAGCUGGCGGAGGAGAAGACAAGAUGGAGGUGAACACCCAGGCGCAGUCGUCUAUGGGCCCGCCCUUAAGCAGCCCCAAUGGCGGCAGAAUGCAAGAUCAGCAGCAGCAGCAGCAAGGUGGACAACACAACGAGCACCAAGCUCCAGCAAAUGGCAGACCAUCGCACCCCGUAGGCGCUGCGGCCGCUGCUCAACAGCCCAAGGUCGUGCAGACUGCCUUCAUCCAUAAGCUCUAUAAUAUGCUCGAAGACCAGAGCAUCCAGCAUCUCAUCUCGUGGUCAAACACCAACGAAAGCUUCGUCAUGUCUCCUUCCUCCGAGUUCUCGAAAGUCUUAGCGCAAUACUUCAAACAUACCAACAUUUCCUCAUUUGUCAGGCAGCUCAACAUGUAUGGCUUUCACAAAGUCAGCGAUGUCUUCCACACCGGCUCUCCGGAUUCACCUCUUUGGGAGUUCAAGCAUGGGGCAGGGAACUUCAAGCGAGGUGACCUUGUCGGACUACGCGAGAUCAAGCGACGAGCAUCGCGGCACGCGCUGAUCCAUCGUGACUCUUUCUCAAGCGCACCAAAGAUGCCUACACCUCAGCCACCGGGUACACCCAUGGAGCCGAUGCCUGAUCCAGUGGACAAUAGGCUAAGCAUGCUGGAGUACAACACACAAGAUCUUUAUGCACGUCUCUCACGGACUGAAGAAGCGUAUGCCGCUGUAACCUCAAAGUGCCAGACGUUGCUCGACGGACUUGCUAGAUGCCAUCACUGGAACAACGAGCUGUCAUCUCAUUUGUUGACAAUGGUUCCUGACCCCCAGAAUCCUAUACACCGCGACGUCGAAACUAUGCGCCAGGACAUUGCUCGCCAUAUGGAGCAGCUACUGAAGCCCGAGGAGAAUCGUGAGCCAAUGUUUCAACACAGGCCGUCUUUCUUCCAGCCUAACCAUAUGCCUAUGGAACCUUCCAUGCCAAUGUCGCCUCGACAAAGACCAUUCGACGAAUCUCGUCGGCCGUCCCUACAGGGUCUGCCAGGCCUACCGAGGCCUACUGGUGUCCGAGCCCCAGUACCUUCCUAUCUGCAAUCAUCUCCCCGCCGUUAUGGUUCGAUCGGUACUGGCAGCGUAAGCGGUUCGUACUCACCAUCACGACCAAGCUAUGCGCCACCGCCACCGCCACCACCUCCUCAGCCCCAACAACCGCAACAACAACACCCUCUUGCUACAAUGACAUCGCCACCGACCAGCUUACCUCGAAGGCAUACAUCAGCCGAUAUUCGUCUCGAAGGGUGGGAAGGUGGACAGCCACCAGGCGGGUAUGGCCAGGGUACUUCUCCUUACGCAUCUGGCCAGUCAUCUUCCGCUUGGCCUUCAUCGCCACGAGCAUCAGCCAACCCCGGUGAUCAGCAAAUCAGAGAUGCCCUGGCACAAUACGAGCUGCCACGUGUCCACGCUGGCUCGAGACCGCACUCGCCAGCGCAACACGAUUCCGGCCCACCGUCUUUCAACACCAACAGCUUCGGCGGCCCGCCAAGCUACGCCAACACCAACGACGCUGGCUGGCAAAUUCCUGGCGCGAGGUUCCCUUUUAAGGCCCUGGAGACCCCUGGACCGCCGACCAGAAGGAGUAGUAUGGCGAGCAAUGUGCACUCGCUAUUAAACCCGGCUGAUACGGCGGAGCGGGAGGGCGAGGAUGAAGAUGGACCUGGGAUAGGCAAAAGGAAACGAAUGAUAUGA